AUGGGUCGACGACAAGUCAGUGUGUUUGAUCGAAAAGAAGUGAUGGAUUUAAUGCAGCAGCGACUGAAUGGUUCUAUUAAAAGUUUGCGCGAAUUAAAGGACAGAAUUGCAGAAGAGACGGGUGAACAGAUUGCACUUACAACACUUUGGCAGCAGAUCCACAAAAUGAGGGGAGAAGUAGUUAAUAAUAGACCUGGUUAUGUUCGAAUGACGACAUCACGUAUUCCACGAAUUGAUGGUUCGCGAGUUAGUAUCGCAGAAGAAGAUGAUAACAUUGAUACGCAUACUCAAUCGAUUGGAGUUCAACUUUCGAACGCUGCCAGUUCUUCGUUACGUCGAUCAGCUCGUAUGUCUAAACGUAAAAGCUAUUCACCGACACCUAUGUCAUCCAGACUUGAUAUGAAGAAAUCCCGUGUUGGCAGAGCCCCUAUAUCUAACAGCAACAUAACUUUGGUUUCUCACUCACUAAGGUGCUUGGGAAUGCCGAAAAAGGGGAAAAUCGUCAGACGAAAAAGAAUUGAUGAGCCAAAGGAGUGGGACAAGAAUGUGGAAGAGUCAAUUAGACAAGAAGCUUUGAGACAUGAAGAAGAGACUGCGAUUGACCCACUGGCUAAGGCAAAAUCAAAAGUCUGGUUAUUUUGCGAGAAAUUUGACGACGAUGGUGAAUCAAAGGCAAAAUGCAGGAUUUGUGGUAUGGUCAUGGUACGCAAGCUGGGUUCAACGAGGGCAAUGUUACGCCACCUACGAAAAAUGCACGAUAAUCUCAUUGAAGGAAUCAUCAGACCGGUAACAAAACGUGUUACAGCAAUUGCUGGAAAACCGAGAGGUGACGACGGCUUUGAUAUUGAUGAUGAUAGCGCAUGGGUGGAAGAGGUUGAUGAAGAAGAUUUCGAUGAUUAUGAUGGUAUGAUAAUUUUAGAACAGCAGUACGCAGUUGCACAGCACUGCGCUGAUAAAGGAAAGGUCGUAGCCUAUAACAGUUAUGCAGAUGAAGGCGGUCCGUCUUAUGCCGGCGAAGUAUUCAUUCGAGAAGAUGGCUCUUAUGCUGAUGGCGAUGAAUUUGUCGACGUGGUAUAUGUGCAAGAUGGAAAUUCGUUUGACGAAAUAAUUUCAAAAUCGAAUGAUGGAAGUUCAUUUGUCAAUAAUGAAUUGCCUUCCAUGGAGAAUAGAGGUGAAGAAGUUGCUAUGCCUUCGCGUUUGAAACGUAGUAUUUCCGAUUCUGAACUGGCCCAGCCAUCCUCUAGAAACGGCAAUAACGAUCUUGAACAUUAUGAAGUUACAAAUUUGGAAACAGAUAGAGCGCUGGGGAAUCUAAAUCUGUUAACUGGAGGAGAAAAAAGACGGCAAGAUAUAGAUGAUGAACACUUUAGCCGGACUAUCGCCUCAUCCAUUCUAUCAUUCCCUCCGGAGCAACGAGAGCUUGUACGUUGCGCUGUUAUGCAAUGUAUUGAAGAAUUGAGAUCAUCCGAGUCAACUGCGGCCGAAGAAGCAAGAGUUCGUGAGGUAACCGAUGAAGAAUUGGUUCAAAUCUCCGACGUUUGA